UAAAUAAUAAUAAUCCAAACAAAUAUCUGAAUCUCUCUCUCCGUUUCUUCCAUCUCUCUCUUUCGAUUCUCUCCUUCAAAUUCCCUCCCCAAACCCUAACCCUUCUUUUGAGUCUCAAUCUUACAGCUCUGUAUUUCCCUCGCCCGCGCGCGAAUUCCGUUAAUGGCGGCGUCCGAGGUGGACGAUGCCUCCAAGGUGUGGGAAGAGGUGUUGAGGAAGAUGUUGCCGGCCGGAGCCCCCCUCCCCGACGAGGAACAUCUCGACUACUCCAUAGCGAUCGAGUACGAUGGUCCGCCGGUGACCUAUCACGUCCCCAGAGUCGAUCCCUUGGACCUUGAUUCCCUUUCAAUUCGGACUUCUUCCGUGCUUUCCGCCUCCGAGUACAGCCCUGUCGUCCCAGUCGUAGUGCCGGUUGUCUCGCCGGCGAAGGUUUCGAGGUUCAGCCGAGGCUGGAACGGAGGGUUUAGAGAGGCGGUGGAGGAGAGUCGGAGAUCGUCUUCCGUGUCGAGGUUUCAGUUGGACGAUUUGACUGGGAGAGAGGGGGGGAACGACUUGGAUUUGGCCGCGCUUUCCUCGCCGGUUCGAGAUCCGGAUUCGGUUAGUGUUGUUGGUUCGGUUAGUAGAGAUGUGGCUGUUGAAAGAAGACUGGCAGCUGCAGUGACUUUCAACACGGAUCAGGAUGAAGAAAAUGACGUGCUCUCUUCGCCAACGUCGAGCGUCAACGACUCUGCAGCAUCGCCUAUCGUGGCGGCUCGAAGUCGAGAGAAGGGGGUGCUGCGGAAGAGAGGGGUUUGCACCAGGUGUGGGAAAGGCAAUAGGUUGAGUGAAAGGGAAGCCUGCAUUGUCUGUGACGCAAGGUAUUGUGCCAAUUGUGUUCUCAAGGCCAUGGGAUCGAUGCCUGAAGGCCGGAAGUGCGUAAGCUGCAUCGGUCAACCAAUCAACGAGUCCAGAAGAUCCAGUUUGGGGAAAUGUUCGAGAAUGUUGUCAAGGGUCUGCAGCCCACUGGAAGUUAGGCAGAUUAUGAAAGCUGAAAGGGAAUGUUCAGCUAAUCAGCUUCAACCGGAGCAGCUAGUUGUGAAUGGUAGGCAGCUAAGACAAGAAGAACUGGCAGAAGUUCUGGGUUGCCCUAACCCUCCUCAGAAGUUGAAACCUGGCCGGUACUGGUAUGACAAAGAUUCCGGGCUUUGGGGGAAGGAGGGAGAGAAGCCCGAUAGAAUUAUAAGUUCAAAACUGAAUGUUGGUGGUAAACUUAGGCCAGAUGCGAGCAAUGGAAAUACGAAAGUUUACUUAAAUGGCCGUGAAAUCACAAAAGUUGAGCGUAAGGUUUUGAAGCUGGCCAAGGUACAGUGCCCGCGGGACACUCAUUUCUGGGUCUAUGAGGAUGGAUCGUAUGAGGAAGAAGGUCAAAACAAUAUUAAAGGCAAUAUAUGGGGAAAGGCAUCCACACGUUUCAUUUGUUCAGUAUUAUCAUUGCCUGUGCCAUCUCUAAAUCCACAUGUGCCAAGAGAAGAUCCAACAACAUAUUCAACUAGGUCUGUGCCUGAGUAUUUGGACCAGGGAAAAGUUCAGAAACUUCUGCUGUUUGGGCUAGAGGGGUCUGGGACGAGUACUAUUUUCAAGCAGGCCAAAUUUUUAUAUGGAAAUAAGUUCACCCCAGAGGAGCUGCAGAACAUUAAGCUAAUGAUUCAAAGUAACAUGUACAAAUACCUCAGUGUGUUGCUUGAGGCACGGGAACGUUUUGAGGAGGAGGAUUUGAUGGAAACAGGAACUUCUGAUCUGGAUAAUGAAGAGUUGGCCCCAGGUGAAACAGGAUCUAGUGGAAAUAAUUGCAUUUAUUCCAUCAGUCAAAGGUUCAAGCAUUUUUCUGACUGGUUGCUGGAUAUAAUGGCUACGGGAGACUUGGAUGCUUUCUUUCCCGCUGCAACACGAGAAUAUGCUCCUAUUGUUGAUGAAAUAUGGAAGGAUCCUGCCAUUCAGCAAACUUAUAAGAGAAGGGAAGAACUGCAUUUCCUUCCAGAUGUUGCCAAAUAUUUCUUGGAUCGGGCUAUUGAGAUAUCCAGCAAUGACUAUGAACCUUCUGAGCGAGACAUUUUGUACGUUGAAGGAGUUGCUCAUAGCAAUGGCCUGGCCUUCGUUGAAUUCUCAUUUGAUGAUCACAGCCCCAUGUCUGAGACAUACAACGAAAACUUCGAGUGCCAACCUCCUUUAACCAAAUACCAGUUGAUUCGCAUCAAUUCCAAGGGACUGCACGAGGGCUGCAAGUGGCUGGAAAUGUUCGAAGAUGUCAGGUCCGUAAUCUUCUGUGUUGCUUUGAGUGAUUAUGAUCUCAUGUGGCCCCACGCCACGGGUCCUCAGAACAAAAUGCUGGCAAGCAGAGAUUUAUUCACAAGCUUGGUGUGCCACCCAUGUUUUAGAGACACCCCUUUUGUGCUCCUCAUGAACAAGUAUGAUGCCUUUGAGGACAAAAUCAACAAGGUUCCCAUCACUGUGUGUGAGUGGUUCAAGGGCUUCAGCCCUUUGAGGCCCCAUAACAAUAAUCAGGCACUGGCAAACCAAGCUUACUAUUACAUGGCCGUUAAAUUCAAAGAGCUUUAUGCUUCCAGGACUGGCAGGAAGCUGUAUGUGUGGCACACCAGAGCGCGGGAGCGUUCAUCGGUUGAUGAGGCAUUUAGGUAUAUAAGAGAGGUUCUAAAGUGGGAUGAAGAGAAGGAUGAGAACCUCUAUGGAAUCAAUGCAGACGAUUCAUUUUAUAGCACGGAAGUGACUUCAUCGCCUUACAUCAAUCAAGAGUAGAGAUAUUGUUUGGACCAAACCAAUCGAAUGGGCUUUUCCUUGUAAAUGAUAACUUUAAGCCCCCCCAGUUUAGCCCUUGCGAGGACUGGAUGAGUUUGUGCCAUACCGAUCUAGUCCACCAAAUGAAACCCCUCUGGUGAUUCUAUUUGGAUUGAACACCAUAUCCAAUUGGAGAAAUUUAUUGCGGCUUGAUUUAUGCUCUUUAUCUCGGGGGCAUCUUGAUCAACGUGAGAAACCCAUCUGUCUUAACGGUAUCCAAUUGGAGAAAUUUAUUGCGGCUUGAUUUAUGCCCUUUAUCUCGGGGGCAUCUUGAUCAACGUGAGAAACCCAUCUGUCUUAACGGUAUUUUGCUUUUUAUCUCUGGAGAUUCUGAAAAUGACCCUUCCAUCGUUUGUUGUGUAACUCAAUUAAUUAAUGCGUUAUUCGGCUUGGAAUUUCAUUAAGUUAAUGAACAUUUUUUGUUUUA